AUGGCCUCUUUUGGAUAUUUCCUGUUUCUUUGUGGGUUGAGUCAGGCUCUGUCAAGUUACCCAAUCUGGUGGUCCUUGGCAAUUGGUCACCAGUAUUCCUCUCUGGGGACUCAGCCCAUCCUCUGUGGGAGCAUCCCAGGACUGGUACCCAAGCAGCUACGCUUCUGUCGGAACUAUGUGGAGAUCAUGCCCAGUGUAGCAGAAGGGGUAAAGAUUGGGAUCCAAGAAUGCCAACACCAAUUUCGAGGGAGGAGAUGGAACUGCACGACUGUCAAUGACAGCUUGGCCAUCUUUGGGCCUGUGCUAGAUAAAGCUACCAGGGAAUCAGCCUUUGUCCAUGCCAUUGCCUCUGCUGGGGUGGCUUUCGCAGUGACUAGAUCCUGUGCCGAAGGCUCGGCCACCAUCUGCGGCUGUGACACCCGCCACAAAGGCUCUCCCGGGGAAGGCUGGAAAUGGGGAGGCUGCAGCGAGGACGUGGAGUUUGGGAGCAUGGUGUCUCGGGAGUUUGCAGACGCUCGAGAGAACAGACCAGAUGCUCGGUCAGCUAUGAACAGGCACAACAACGAAGCUGGAAGGACCUCUAUUAUUGAACUCAUGCAUCUUAAGUGCAAAUGUCAUGGGCUCUCAGGCAGCUGCGAAGUGAAGACCUGCUGGUGGUCUCAGCCAGACUUCAGGGUCAUCGGUGACUACCUCAAGGACAAGUAUGAUAGCGCUUCUGAAAUGGUGGUGGAAAAACAUCGAGAAUCACGUGGCUGGGUGGAGACCCUCAGACCCAAAUACAACUUCUUUAAGGCUCCAACUGAGAAGGACCUGGUUUACUAUGAGAACUCACCGAACUUUUGUGAGCCAAACCCUGAGACAGGUUCCUUUGGGACCCGAGACAGGAUCUGUAAUGUCACUUCCCAUGGGAUUGAUGGUUGCGACCUUCUGUGCUGUGGCCGUGGGCACAAUACGAGGACUGAGAAACGUAAAGAGAAGUGUCACUGUAUCUUCCACUGGUGCUGCUAUGUCCGCUGCCAGGAGUGCAUACGAGUCUACGAUGUCCACACAUGCAAAUAAAGCGGGCAAUACCCUUUGCUGGGCUCCAUGUGGAGAAAUGGUUUUGAGCCUACUUCCUCUGAGGUUGCAGACAUGAGAGAAGUCUACUUUUUUGAUAUUAAAUGAAAAAAAAAACUUUUAAAAAGGCUAAAACUGGUUGGAUAGAAUAGGUCUAAUGACUUCUGGGCUAUCCUGAGGUUCAUCUGGCAGUCACACAAGUUAUGCCCCAAUGAUGCCUCCUGUAGGAGACAGCAGUUUUUCAACCAGUGACAACAGAGAAAGAAGAGCAUCAGCAAAAGCAUGGAUUUGCUCUGCUCUCACCCACCUGAAGUGACUGAAGUGAUUAAGUGUCCUCUGAAAGACUUACAUCUUCAUAAGAAUCUCCUUUUCCUUCAGCCAGGCAGAGGCAUCUACGUACCGAAAUGGCCAGAUUGUGUGUAUACUAUGAACAACAAAAACAGCAGCAAAAGAAAUAAAACAAGAUGAAUUAAUGAUCAAAAAAAAAAAAAAAAGCAGCAAAUCCUCCUUUGCUUUUGCCCUGGAACAAGAGAAGUCUACAAAUAUAGAAUGGAAGCUGUAGAGUGGGCAGAUUCUUUAUGUGAACUUUUUAGCAUAGUAUCUUCUGCCAGUUUUGACAUAGGAUGUGGUGACACCUCCAGAGAGGGAAGAAGGGAGAAGGAGAGGGAGAGAAAAAGAGAGAAAUGCUGGUGGUUUCCUGCAAAUGCCCUUUUGGCAUACAGAUGAUGUGCGUGGUACAGAAAAGUUCAGUGACUGAUACAUAAAGUGAAGAGGACUCGUGUGCAUUGAGAAGAAGACGGUACCACAAAGGGAGAAGUUGCUCCAGCUGUGUCCCGGUAUGUGGCUCAGCCAACGAACCUUCCCAGGAAAUACGUGUUGCUGAGCAAGUGUCCUGGGGCUGGACACUCCCUGCUGGGCAUAGGACAUCCAGCUCCUCAGCAUCCCAGCUUGUUCCCAUAGAGGAAGAAAGGGAAAGUGUUUACCCCUCCCACCUCAUUAAAGAACACGAACACCAACAGUGGAAAGUGCACUUAGUCCAUCUGCUCUCUGCAUCUCAUGCAGGCUUCCCCGGGGCACUUAGAAAAACUUUCGACCACAAGUCUGUCAGGAACAUGACUCUGAAGGACUGAUUGUCACCCAUCAAUUUACAUGACGGUGAACCAACUCAUCACCACUAUCCCCCAAACUGGAACAGUUUCAGACUUGAACUAAAUGUUGUUCCACAUCUAAUUUCUACAGCUGUUUCCUUCUCUAAAAGUGGCACAGUUUAAAAUGCACAGAAUUCAGACUUUGAACCAGUCCAGAUUUUUGGGCGGUUUUGGACACAAAGCCAAAUACUAACUUUUCAGUGCUGACCCAUCUCUGCCAUUCACCCAUGACUCCUCAUCUCUGCAUGCUGCUCUACUUCUGAUUUCAGAUCAGGAUUGCCAGUUUACAGAAACAGCUCUCACCUCCUCCAUGGGCAUCAGGGCAUCCUUCAGCCAUGUGGGUAAAAGGCAUGAAUCUCAGCCCAUCACCUUGGAAUUUAAAGCACUGUAACUAUGCUUGUGUCAUUCCUGGUCAAUACUAGCAUAAAUAGUGGCGAACCAAGCACAGAGUAGUAGACUGUUUAGCCUCCGAUGCACUUGUCCUGUGUCCUCUUUGCCUUACCCACACCUUUGGGUUCCUGUCUUGGGAAAAGGACAAUGGAUUGGCAUUUUUCCUUCCUUUUCAGUACAGAAAGGGAAAUGAGGCAUACUCUAACUCCAAGUGACCUGUAAGUCUUUUCAUGGCAAUGUAAUUAUGGAAGUUCACUAUUUCACACCUGGACGUCUACGUAGAGAAAUCAGAGCGCUCUCCUCACAUGUCAGCUUAUUCCCAGGAACCAAAGGAGGGCGUAUGCAGAAGAACUUAAUCCCAUCAGAGAAAAAACAAGACGAAAUGAUGCCUUCAAGGGCUGACUCUGAGUCAUGGCAUCUCCUGGGUCUACUCCUAGGCUGAUGCAGUUUAUGCAUCAUCCAUUUGUCUCAGGGCUGUGCCCAAGGCACAAGCAAGCUUUGCUUAUUGAUGGAGGCACUUCUAUCAAUGCUCUGCAAAAAAAGCUGCAAUGAAAUGAUAGCAGAAACACAGAAGGAGGGAAGGAGAGAGGAACAGAUCAAAAGAGACAAAAUAAAUGGAGAGAAAAUAAAUCAAUUGUAUCUGCACAUGUAAACUUUGCACCCAAUGGAUGACCAAUAUGGAAAGCAAUAGAUUACUGAAAACUGAGAAAGAUGGACCAAUUAAUGGAUGAAUGACUGAUUUUUGUAAUACAGUCUGGGAGAAAAGGAAAAUAUGAUCAUUACGGCAAACAGUGGAGGAAGCCACUACAGGGGAAAAUUGCCACAAUAACCAAUAUUCAAACACAAGCUGUCAAAAAAGCAAACGGUGAAGAAAACCACUUCUGCAGUGGAAGACAUUGAUGAACUGGAAAUGAUGGGACAAGGGAAGAUAUGUCUGACGUAGUUAAUAUGAUGCAGUGUUACCAGUCACAGCAAGAGAUGUUACAUGUGUCCCAUCAGGUUUUUCUAUCUGUUGAAUGGUGUCUCAACAGCAAAGAUGCAAAAUACUGCAGGUCACGGUCCCUGUAAAUCCAUUAACUUCAGCAGGGUCAUACCCACAACUAAUUUUGUUAAGCAAGGUGCUUUCAAAUGCCAGUGAAGAAAUGGGUUGAAGGAUUUGGCUUCCAUGCACAGGAGCUGGACUCUGACCUCAGCCCAUCUACAGCAUGAGAACAUGCACCAUUCCUGCUUUUGCACCAGAACCAAGCCCUACAUCACUAGCAGGUGAAGGUCCUGGGCAAGCAUGAGGGUGCAAAAAAAAACCAAACUAGGCAUUUGCUGAGCAAUUGCCUCUUAAAGUAAACAAACAGAUUUUGACUGCAGCAGUGGAGUUUAUUUCACCUGGCGUGUCAUCUAGUCUAAGCUAUUUAUCUAGUUUUCUGCUAGGGUCAAUGGCAAGAAACAAACAAGUCCAGAAGGUGAUUCAUUAUAGCCUAGUAUGGUAUCUAAGCUAUGUGUGCUAAAUUGCCCUCUGGAUGUACCUCUGUCUAUCCUCUGACAUUAGCUGAUAAGCUCAUACCAGAUGAUGAGCUCUUAGAUGGGUACAGUCUGAUGACGUAAAGUCCACCAUGAGUCAAGGAGGUGAAGCCACAAUCUGAUCGCCAGCUACAAAUUGUGCGAUUUCAUUCAAAACUGGGGUCAGGCUUAAAACAGCUCAGUUGUUGGGGACUUCCACCCCAUUGAAGGGAUUUUUAACGAAGCCUAUGCCUACUUGUUUGAUUUUAUUAUGUAAUCAGUCAUCAUCCACCAUGAUGAUACAAUGUAAGGGGAUGAGCAGCUCCUACUAAAGUAAAUGGAAAAUGCCUGUGUGAAUUCUGUUAAUCACCCCAAGUGCAUCUGAGGAUCUUAGUCCUGGUUCUGAUUUUGUCUACCCGUGAGAAGGGAAGAGGGAGAGCCUGCUAGGGGUCUGGGCGCAUGCUGAGUGCAGAUGCUAGGCCUGCAUCUGACCCCAUGGCUCUGGACAAGGGAUUUGAGCCAUCACUUUGUAAUACACAUGAGUACAGGAAGUGUCUUUUAAAAACUAAGAUCCCAUUCCAUUGCCUGCACUAGAUGUCUCAAGGGUUACCACUGUACUGAUAUGAAAGAUUGAGCCAAUAAUGAAUUAAAUGCCAUCCCUCCCUAUAUAUCAUUAUGCCCACAUUGAGCUUCAUUUAGGUGAUGGUCGUCUUUGGCCUCAGGUUCUCCAUUCUGUGAAAAUGGUGAGAUCUUCCUUAUGGAUGGGUCUUAGGGUUUCACUCGAUGAUACAAGCAUGUGGUGAUAUUUUAUGUGCCCUACAAUAUCCUAUUGGGCUCCAGCUGUUGCUUCAAUGACAAAGGACUCCCACAAGUCUUAAACCUGGACAGAUAUGUUAGAGACUGUAGGGUGUUCAAAAUGACACAGGAUGUCUAUGUGUAGACAGUUGAAUUUGCGUUUAUCUGGAAACGGCUUUCUGUCAAAACUUUCCCACCAACUCAGUUGAGUUGUGUAAUGCACCAGUCUAUAUUCAAAAGGAAAGGAUCAUUAAUUUCCCACAAAUGGGAUCUGGCCAACUCAACCUCCAUGAUUCAUGGUGCCCUUCCCUUCAGUGCUCACUUCCGAAGAGGUCUGUUCUCAGGCAGGUGGUUUGUAUGAGGGAUGUGUCUGGCAGUACCAGGGAAAAGGGAGAAGAUAUCAUCCAAUCCGCUAAAAUGUAAAAUAUAAAAAAGGAACAUAUUUCCAUCCUCUUACAUGCUGCUAUCCAACCUUUCCUUUAGCUGAACAGAUGGGAUUAAUGGGCCCACCAGUUCCACAUCAACCUCAUUAAAGACAAUGGAGUUACCUACGAGGGGUGAAUUUGGCCUCAUCUCUUUUCUUUCUAUGAAAGAAAUGGAAACUUUAGGAGUUUUUUUCUGUUUCGGUUUAGUUUUAGAAUUUGCGGGCUUCUCUUUCUCAGGGAAAAGAAAAGUAUGGGGAGGGAAAUGCAUGGCAUUUUCUUUUACCUGAUCCUUGAUGUACCUUUUUCGGCUAAGUGUCACACACAACAUUGACAGUCUUCUCCAAAGCAUUUUGAAGUCUCCAGAAUUGUUUCCACUCCUUACAAGGGGUUUCAUCUGCAGAGCUAAAGCAGUCCAGAUUUAAUCUUGGGAGGGGACUGCUGAGACAACUACACCACACAAUGGAAUAUGGUACAGAAAUCUCUGAGUCAGCACCAACCAUAUCAGCCCUGCACACAGAAGUCUUAGCUGAGCGUUGCAGGAUUCCUGCACUAGCAAACAUCAGAGAGCAAUUUCUACUGCCACUAACCUAAAAUAUUUCUGGUGUUUUCAGUGCAUUUGGAUAUCUUGCCUCAGAGAUGUCCAUGGAUUAGAACACAGUCACUGUGUGUUCUCCUACGUUUGUCAUGCCCCCAUCCUUAUAUUGAAAUACAGGAUAAACACUACGAGUUUUGGAUCACUUUUCUAGCUUCAAAGAGAGUUUUCAGCACUGAAAAUCUGGAGCUUAAUGUUCCUGGAAAAAUUCAGGGCUAGAGAAUGAGCAACCUGCAGGAACUAGGAGUUUUUAAUCCAGUCCUAGGUUCUGGACUAUGGAAAUUACUCCAGGUUUCCCUUGAUGCCUUAAUGAUAUUGCUUUGGGAAGAUAAAAUGGGCCCAAGAAAAGGCACUAAAUCAAACUGCCCCAAAGACACCAGCCA